AUGCAUUGUGCUGACCUGUUGACGACAUCAAAAUCGCAGGUGGCUCAUGUGAAGUUACUAGCGAAUAAUGGUGCUCAUAUGAAUGCAUAUACGUUCGAUAGGAAUCCGCUAUUGUUCGAGAUCGAUGGUGAUACGAAUCUUUAUCCAACAGUGUAUUUUUGUUGGGCAUAUCCAGAAGCAUUUCCAACAAUUUUGGUGCAUGAGCCAGUGUUUAUGCGUCUACAGAACGGUGCUGAUCUGAUGUUACCAGGUGUUGUCUACAAGCGAGGAGAAUUUCCGGAAUUCAAUAGGAAUUUCCCAGUGGCCAUUUCGGUGAUUACUGCGGAUGGUAGCUCUGUGAAAGCAACUCACGUCAAGAAUUUUCAGUCCUCUUCACGAAAGAAUUGCUUUUUCAUUUUGAAAUCAGAUGUGCAAGGUUCGAAUUUAGGUCCUGUCGGAGUGGGAGUAUCGUUGAUGUCUUCGAUGGAGAUGCUGGCGAGUGGUAUGCAAGGACGAGGCGUUCAGAUUUUACAUUUGUAUAGGGAUUUGAUGUGGGAAUUCGGCGAUCGGACUCAUCCACCACAGACAGCGCUCCCACAAGUAUUCGUCAGGAAGCCGUUGAGUGAGGAGGAUUUCCCGGAACUUGGGGCGAAGCUGAACAUUGCCGAUGAAAAGAAGCCUGAAACUGCAGUAACGGAGCCGCAGGAAAAUGGUCAGGGAGCCAGUGUUAACUCAAAUGAUGUCACAUCAAAGCAACCGAUCGAUUCAAAAGGUUCAGCAGAAUCAGGAGCGAUUGAAUUUGAAGAACCAUCCGAAACGAUGGAAGAGUUGUUGCAACGUUGUUUUUUGGCCGCAUUGAAGUAUCGUGUCGCGGCGAAAAAAGUGGAACUUCCAUUGGAUGUGGGCGAAUUUUAUUCACGUUUCGUGUUGGCGUGUUGUCCGCCAAUGAGAAGACUCGACAUGAAGAAGACGAAAUACAAGAAAUUCUCCGUAUUUUUGCACGAAAUAAAUUCGUCGGCUGCCGGACCAAUCAUGAAGACAGCACCGAGAGGAAAAGGCCUUGAUGAGAUUGUUGAAAUCAAUUGGGAGCAUCCAUUGCUGAGUGAUUUCAAACGAACCGACGAGGUGACUGAAGAUUUGGUGCAACAGACAAAGGCACGAUCUCAAAUCCAGAUCAACGAAUACUUCAGUGUCACUGAGCCAGUUUUGCCGCUGUUUCGCCUCGAAGGAGGACUGUCCAGAGGAGAUCUACUCGAGACUAAACGAGUACGAGAAAUUAUCACAACGUAUGCGAAGAAUAGGGAAUUAUGCGAUAAGAAUCGAGUUCAUUUGAGAAACGACGAACUAUUGCAAAGUAUAGUGAAGCAUCCGAGUGAAACGAUCGAUUGGAAUACGUUAAUGCAGAAAAUUUUAUCGAAAAUGACUAAAACAUUCGUCAUUAUAACGGCGGAUGGACGAGAGACAGUUCGUAAAAUUGAAUUGCCGAAAAUUGUUUUCAAAGUAGAAACUCGAUCGGGUAAUAAAAAGAUAACAUUGGUGAACAAUCUUUGUGUUUAUGGAAUUGACGCGAAACCGUUUUGUCAUAAAGUUCAAAUUGGAAUCGCUACGUCGGCAACAAUACUCAACGAUGCACCGUUAUGUGAGGGACCUCAGGUGAUCAUUCAAGGAAAUCAGGUUCAGUUCGCUAGUGAACUUCUCACAAAUGAGUAUGGUGUUGAUAGCAAAUAUAUGAGUGGUUUGGAAUUGAUACCGAAAAAGAAACGAAAGUAA